AACAGACAUAAAUACGAGAGUGAAAUCUGGAUUUUUGCUUUCAGCAGCUUGAAUGAACAGUGGUACUUCUCUUCUUUUUAAUAAACCCCAGUCUGAUAGAGCUCCUCUACAUUUAGUUGCGUCUUGUCGACGCCAUAUGCCACAGUUGCGGUAGAUAUUCGGAUUCGUCGUAAGGAAGGACCAGGCCGAGGACUCUGCAAAUGAGACCAGUGGCUUAGAGAACAUUCGAUACGGAUCGGAGGAACUGGUACUAUUGGAACGAAAUCAUUCUUUGUUAUUAUAUGGUUAUGCAGCCAAAGUAGCAGACUAAUACAAAAUGGAUUUUUUUACGAUAAAGAGAAACAAUGCACACAUUUGUGAAAUGUGAUUUAAUUGAGAGCGAAACACGCACAAAAGUACCAUGGCCCAAACGUAUUUUGAUAUUUUACUUAGUGAACAAAAAAAGCGACCAAUAUCAAAACGCAAUCAAAUAAUUAGAGACGCUGCAUGUUCACAUGGUGCAAAGACUAAAACACUAGAAGAUGAAAAUCUAUUUCCUAGAAGCAUUUCUACAGACGAAGAAGGUAUUAUUGUUAAAGCAGUGCCCGCAGUUGUAGAAAUAAAUGAAUCAGAACCAAAUUCUCUUGAAACAAAAGAAAAUUCUAAAGAAUACCUAGAUUCACAAUCGGUUGUUAAAGAAUGUACGCCGGUGAUCAACAAACCUCGGAAUUUAUCUAAUCUACACCAGUGUAAUUUUAAAAGGUGGAUUUCAAAUGAUUUGUGUUCAUUUGAUGACACAGAAUUUCAAGGAAACUCAGUUGAUGAAAUAACAAAAUCAUUAUCAACAAGUCAUCAAUUAAAUGAUAAUGAAAUAUUUGAUACCAAUCAACAGAUCAAUAACAACGCAAAAAGUAAACCUGACAGAAUUAACUUAAAUGAGAACAUGUAUCAAAAAACGAUACUGGAUGAUACUAAUACUAUCGUGCCGAACACAAAUUAUAUAUCUAUUGAUUUACCAUCCACGUCUGGUUUGAAUUUUUCACAAGAAAAAGUAGUAAAGGAAGCUCCGCAAUUAACUAGCAAUGGAAGAAGCAACAGUGUUCAAGAAACCCCAUUGUUUAUUAGAUCUCCAAUCAAAAAAGCUAAUUCAUUGACUGUAGAUAGCAAUAACAGCAUAUCCCAUAAUGAUAAGCUUGGUAAAGAAAUCACUUUAAAAUCUAGUAAUUCUCCAAAUUGGAAAGCUCCGCAAUUAGAAACACAGAACAAAAAAUAUGAAAGAUUUGUUAAAAGUUACAGCUUUAACAAAAAUCAAAUUGUGCAUAAACAGGUUGAAUCUACUGACUUAAAAAUUGAUCAAGUUGCUAAACAAGCACAAGAAACUAAGUCAGUCAACAUAAAUGAAGUAAAUUCAGCACCUAAUCAAAUUAAUGAAACUGAUGAAACAACAACAUCAAAUUCCUUCAACAAAGAUAUAGAUAAUUUGUCACUAGAAUAUGCAACUGAUAUAUUUCUAACAAAUACUGGAAUAGAUUUUAAAAAUGUUAUGAAACUUUCUGAAACAUUUCAAAACAGAAGUGACUUAAAAAAUGAACAAGCACAAGAAACUAAGUCAGUUGAUAUAAAUGAAGUUAAUUCAGCACCUAAUCAAUUUAAUGAAACUGAUGAAACAACAUCAAAUUCCUUCAACAAAGAUUUAAAUAAUUUGUCACUAGACUAUGCAGCUGAUAUAUUUCUAACAAAUACUGGAAUAGAUUUUAAAAAUGUUAUGAAACUUUCUGAAACACUUCAAAACAGAAGUACCACGGUUGAAUCAAGUAAUCAAAGUGACGAAGAAGAAUGCAAUGAAGAUGAAAAUCAUAUAUGGCCAAAUGCUCAAAAUAGAAUAGCAUUCUAUGAAAAUAUGAAACAGUAAUUUAUAGAAUAUGAAAAAAGUGUAGCUAUAUACAAAACGGUUUAUUAUAUAGUAUUCUGAAUUAAAAUAACAAUAAAUAAUUAUU